AUGGGCAAACUACACAAUAGACGUCGAACCAGACUGAGAGCGAACAAGAGAACUCACCAUCAAGCCCUCGCUAUGCCACCUCUUUCUACUCCACUCAUGCCUGUUCAAAGUGUGUUCGACGACAAUAUGACUUUCGCUUACCAGCAAUCUGCCUUUUGCAAUUCGAAAUACAACAGCCUCCCCUACCACUCGAGCGAGCAGCACGGAACCAGGCACACACAAUACUAUGGUGCCGAGGAGGGCGACGAGUCUGGAGACCUCUGCCCUCUGAUGCUUCAGGUUGUCCUGGACCUCUUUGAUGGAGUCGACUACGAAGACCCAUGA